UUUCAUCGAACAACGCCGGAAGCAGCUGUGAGUAUUGCCCAUUCAGAUUUUGUAAUAAGUACCAAAUAUGAAAGUACAAUGCUAGGUCAUGGUGUAUAUUUUGCUCGAUCAAUGGAAGAGACGGAAGGUAAAGCUAAUGCUGAUGGUGCUUAUAUAUGCGCUGAAAUUGAAAUGGGUAGAGUCAAAGAAGUGGGUCCAGGAGCGGAGCGAGAUUCCCUUCGAGGUACAACACAUUUGUGGAAAGAUUAUGAUACGGUCUAUUAUAAUCAUCCGAACGAUAGUCGUGAUGAAUUUUGUGUUAAAAGUACAGAUCAAAUAUUAAAAUGGGUUAUGAUAGUCAAUCAAGAAUAUGAUGGAAAGGUUCGAAACUAUAGAUUAGACACAGAAUUUGAUGAUACAAUUUGCCAAUGUAUUUAG